AUGCGAAAGAUAGAAGAUGAGUACUACUGUGGAGGAAGCAUAUUUAAUUCAUAAGAUCAAUUAGAUUAAUUUAAAUAACUCUGGCAACAAAAAUUGAAAUAGCAAUUUGUUUUGUAAAAUUAGAUCUAAUUGAAAGGCGAAUUUAAAAACUAAUAUGAUGAAAAAUUAGUACAGAUAAACAAAAAACAAGAUGAUUAGAAUGCUAAGAAUUUUGGUAGCAAUCCUAGAAAAAUUUUAAAAAAAGAAUAAUUAAAUGAUGAACAAUCUGAUUAAUAAAUUUAAAUAGUUCCUAACCAAAAGGAAAAUAUCCUUUCUUCUCCUCAAACCUAGUGCUUAAGUAGCUAAGAAACUCCAAAAAAAGAGGCAAGUUAAUACCAAAGCAACAAAAAUUAAAAGAUAAAGACUGAAAAUGUGGAUAACUCUGAUUAAAAAGAACUUAUUAAGUAAAGUUAAAAAAGCAGUAAUAAUAAUAAUAUUAAAGAAGAAGAAGAGAUAGACUUUACUUAAUGUAUAAAACUUAGUGGUAGAAAUAUCAAAAAUUAAAGCAAAAGAAAAAAAAAUUAAGAUAAUAAUGAAAGUGAUGAAGAAGAAGAAGAUGAUAGCAAUAAAUCUGAUAAAGAAAGUAAUUUUUCACUAAAUUCUGAAGACUUAGAAGAUGUUUCAGAUUAAAUAUUAGAUGAAGGCUAUUUCAAUGAAUUUGAUAACCAUCUUAUUGGGUAUAUUGGAAAAGAAAGAAAAACAAAGAAAAAAUGCAAAGAAUAAAAUAAACCAAUUACUUGUAUAGAUUUUUAGUAUUUAAUUGGCAAUAUUAAUAAUCAAGAAGUAAUAAUACCAUCUCUGAGAGCUAAUUUUGUAGAUUGUAGGAAAUGA